UGAUUUGGUGGUGUCUUACCUAAAAGCGGUCCCAAAAUGGCUGCCCCCAUGACAUUUUUCAGAAGACGAUGCUUUUUUAUAUUUUCUUUAUAUCGGCAGCCAUUAAGACAAUAUGCCAAGGAAACAAGUAAUGGAGGGAAAGUGCCAAAAAGCUCGAUAUUACACAUAAAUGAGAAUAAAAGGUUGUACCUGGAAUUUGGUCAGAUGGCAAAAUUUGCAGAUGGUUCUGUAGUUGCAAAGUAUGGUGAUACAGCAGUGCUGGUUGCAGUUACUAGCAGAACAGAAUCCAUGCCAAAUGCACAGUUUCUUCCUUUAACAGUUGAUUAUAGACAGAAGUCAGCAGCUGCAGGUCGUAUACCAACAAAUCAUCUAAGACGAGAACUUGGACCUACAGAUAAGGAAAUAUUAACCAGUAGAGUCAUAGAUAGGUCAUUGAGGACACUUUUUCCUGGUGAUUACUUUAAUGAAACACAGAUAACUUGUAACCUGUUGUCUGUUGAUGGGGUGAAUGAUCCAGAUGUUGUAAGCAUAAAUGCAGCAUCAGCAGCCCUCACAUUUUCUGAUGUUCCUUGGAAUGGACCUGUUGGUGCAGUUAGAGUUGGUCAUGUCAAAGAUACUGACAGUUUUGUCAUAAAUCCAACACGUAAAGAACAGCAACAUAGUGACCUUAAUUUAGUAAUAGCAACAGAUGUCGAUGAAAAUGUAGUGAUGUUAGAAGGUGAUGCAAACAAUAUAUCAUAUGACCUGUUUAAGAAGGCAAUCAGCUUUGGCGCCAAAAGUGCCACAGACUUAGCCAGACAGCUAAACAGAUUAAAAUACACUAAACCAAAGAAAAGAUUGUACAGUCAGCCGGCAGGAUUACCAGAUGGUAUGGCUGAAGAGGCAGCAAAGCAUGGUAGCAAAAUGAUAAAAGCUGUUUUGAACAAUUCAUCACAUGAUAAAAUAUCCAGAGAUAAAGCAUUACAGAAAGCAAGAUAUAGCAUUAUAGAAAAAUUAUCAGAUACAUAUACAGAGAGUCAGCAAGUUCAACAACUUCACGAGGCUUUAAAUGGUCUUGUCAAACAAACAUUGAGGGAUCAAAUUAUUAGUGACAAAAAAAGGUGUGAUGGUCGACAACUGAAAGACCUGAGACAGAUAAGUGCUAAAGUAGAUCUGUUCAGUCCACUCCAUGGUUCUGCCCUGUUCCAGAGGGGUCAGACACAAGUACUGAGUACUGUUACAUUUGAUUCACUACAGGCAGCCAUGAAACUUGAUCCAGUCUCAGUACUUACUGGGGCCAUGAAAGAAAAGAAUUUCAUGCUGCAUUAUGAGUUCCCAGCCUAUGCAACAAAUGAAGUGAAAGCUCCUGGAAUUAAAAACAGACGAGAACUUGGUCAUGGUGCUUUGGCGGAGAAAGGACUACGUGCAAUAAUUCCUGAUAACUUUCCCUUCAGUAUACGAUUGACUUGCGAGGUUUUAGAAUCAAAUGGCUCUUCCUCUAUGGCAUCUAUAUGUGCAGGAAGCUUAGCGCUGAUGGAUGCUGGGGUCCAGAUAAAAGAACCAGCUGCUGGUGUUGCUAUAGGACUGGUAACCAGUGACGCUGUAGAUCUGGCACCUAAUGGGAACAAGUACUACCUUCUGGCAGAUAUUUUGGGUAUAGAGGACUAUUUUGGUGAGAUGGACAUGAAAGUAGGGGGAACUAAAAAUGGAGUUACUGCAAUACAGAUGGAUCUAAAAAUCCCUGGAAUUCCUGUUUCAACUGUUCAUGAAGCUUUAUAUUUAGCAAAAGCUAAGAUAUCACAUAUCAUAAGUAUAAUGAAGAAUUCCGCAAAGAUUGAUGUUCCUAGAGAAAGUAUCAAAAGUAAUGGUCCAGUAUUAGAAAAGAUAACAGUACCACCAUCAAAGAGAGGUAGUUUUGUUGGCACUGGCGGAAUGAAUCUCAAAAAGUUGAGAUCAGAUGCAGGUGUAACUGUAACGCCUUUAGAUGAAUCUACCUAUGAAAUAUUUGCACCAAAUAAAGAUGCGAUGGAUGAAGCCAAGGAGAUGAUGGAUACUUGGCUAGAAGCAAAGAAAGAGCCAGAGUUGGAGUUCAAUGCUGUUUAUGAAGCUAAAAUUACAGAACUAAAAGACUUUGGUGUAAUGGUACAGCUUCAUCCUGCCAUGGAACCAGUGUUGUUACAUAACUCACAGUUAGAUCAUAGACAGGUAUCACACCCAAGCGCACUUGGAUUUGAAGUCGGUCAGAUUAUCUCAGUGAAAUAUUUUGGUAGGGAUCCGGCAACAGGAAAAAUGCGACUCUCACGUAAAGUUAUCACGGCACCUUCUUCCAGAACAUUUAAAUUUAUGAAAGAUGAAAGUUGAUAAUAGUUUUAAUACUAGCGAAAAAGAUUUUUAAGUGUGGAAUUCAGCGUUGUGGCAAGCUGGCUAUGUCCGAGUAGAUGAGCAGUUCACACUAUCAACAUUCAGACUAGCAGACGUUCUCACAGAGGGUACUACAGUCAUAUCAUGAACAAUGCUAUAUCAACAGUGUUAGAGAUUGGUGCAUUUCAAAGUAGAAUGUAUUUUCAUAAUGACUAUUACUAUUUAUUCUAGAGGUCUGAAUUGAAAUCAAGGAAGAAGUGUCUGAUAGGACUGCUUUACGGUUAUUUUCAUAUUUUAUUCCUUUCAUAAAAAAAAAAACAA